AUAGUGUAUAUGGGUGAAAAGCACCACCAUGAUCCUGAGGUUGUAACCUGUUUGCAUCAUGACAUGCUUGCCUCUGUUGUGGGGAGCAAAGAAGCAGCCACUGAUGCUAUGGUGUACAGUUACAAACAUGGAUUUUCUGGUUUUGCAGCUAAAUUUACAGAAUCUCAAGUGAAGAAGAUUGCAGAUUUUCCUGGAGUUAUCCGCGUUAUACCAAAUCAGUUUCAUUCACUGCAAACAACUAGGAGCUGGGAUUAUCUAGGGCUCUCCCCUAAUUCUCCUAAAAACCUUUUGAAUGACACAAACUUGGGUGAUGGAAUUAUCAUUGGUCUACUGGACACUGGUAUACGGCCAGAGUCAGAAGUAUUCAAUGAUGAGGAUCUGGGGCCAAUCCCAAGUCAAUGGAAGGGUCAAUGUGUCUCUGGACAACAAUUCAAUGCCUCAACAGCUUGUAACAAUAAGCUAAUAGGAGCAAAAUAUUACAUUGAUGGGUUUCUUGCUGAAAAUCAACAACCAUUCAACACUACAGACAGCCCGGACUACAUGUCCCCAAGAGAUGUUGUUGGACAUGGAACACAUACAUCUACAAUUGCUGGUGGCUCAUUUGUGUACAAUGCAAGCUACAAAGGUAUUGGCCUUGGAAUAGUCAGAGGUGGUGCUCCUCGUGCUCGUUUGGCUAUGUACAAAGUGUGCUGGAAUGUGCCAAGAGGACAGUGCUCAAAUGCUGACUUACUGAAAGCUUUUGAUGAUGCAAUUCAUGAUGGAGUUGAUGUCAUAUCAGUAUCUCUUGGCACUCAACUUCCACUGUUUUCAGAGGUUGAUGACCGCGAUGCAAUCUCCAUUGGUUCAUUCCAUGCUGUUACUAAAGGCAUACCUGUUGUUUGCGCAGCUGCAAAUGAAGGACCUUCUGCAUACACUGUCGAAAACACAGCACCUUGGAUCUUAACUGUAGCAGCUUCUACUAUUGAUCGGUCCUUUCCUACAAAUAUUACACUAGGGAACAACUUAACCAUACUGGGUCAAGCCUUGUUUGCAGGAACAGAAGUUGACUUUACUGGUUUGGUGUACCCAGAGAACCCAGGACUUAUUCCUUCACUAGCUGGUGUUUGUGAGGCUCUAUUACUCAAUAACACACCGGUGGCUGGAAAUGUAGUCCUUUGCUUUACAUCAGUAGCCAGACGAACUCCGGUAGCACUUGCUGUCUCUAGUGUCAAAGCAGCUGGUGGGGUUGGAGUAAUUGUUGCCAAGAGUCCUGGUGAUGUCUUGGGUCCUUGUAGCAGUGACUUCCCAUGCAUUGAAGUAGACUACGAGCUUGGUACUCAGAUACUAUUAUACAUUCGCUCCACCAGUUCUCCUGUGGUAAAACUGAAUCCUUCUGUGACACUGGUGGGGAAGCCUGUAUCAACCAAGGUUGCCGCUUUCUCAUCUAGGGGGCCUAACUCCAUUUCUCCAGCCAUACUAAAGCCGGACAUAGCUGCACCUGGUGUGAGUAUACUAGCUGCCAGUGCGCCUUUUGAUCCAUACAUGAACGGAGGAUUUGCCUUGCAUUCAGGAACAUCAAUGGCAACUCCUCAUGUUUCGGGGAUUGUGGCGCUUCUAAAAGCAUUACACUCCAAUUGGUCACCUGCUGCAAUUAGAUCAGCAAUAGUAACAACAGCAUGGAGGACUGAUCCAUUCGGAGAGCCAAUCUUUGCUGAGGGGUCACCGCAAAAGCUUGCUGAUCCAUUUGAUUAUGGAGGUGGAAUUGUGAACCCGAACAAAGCUGCAGACCCUGGUCUAGUAUAUGACCUGGGCGUAUAUGACUACAUACUUUACCUAUGUGCUGUUGGGUACAACAACUCAGAAAUUUCACAACUUGUUGGGAAUUCAACAACAUGUUCUAGUACAAAGCCUUCUGUUCUUGAUGUGAACCUGCCAUCCAUUACCGUUCCAAAUCUAAGAGAGAACAUUACACUCACCAGAAGUGUCACAAAUGUCGGUCCAGUCAAUUCGACAUACAAAGCUCGGAUAAGCCCUCCGUGGGGAAUCAGUGUGGCUGUGAGCCCUGAGACCUUGGUUUUCAACUCGAACAUUGAAACAAUCUAUUUCACAGUUGAGGUUUCAACCACCCAUGAAGUGAACACAGGGUACUACUUCGGCAGCCUCGCUUGGACUGAUGAAUGGGGGCAUGUGGUGACAAUUCCCAUGUCUGUGAGGACACAAAUCAUUCUAUAUUAUGCAGAUGGCAACUGA